AUGAUCAAACGCAAAUUACAAGACCUGGCUGUUUGCUGCUCCUAUCAGGUUGACUUCUUGCACGAGAAAAAGCACUCAGUGAAAGAAUUCAAAAGAAAGUACGAAGUUCUUGAUGAAAUCGGUCGCGGUGGUUUCGGCAUAGUGUAUGAAGCAACGAGCCGACAAGAGGGACAACAGCCAGUUGCAGUCAAGUUUGUGCAGCACAAACAUGUCAGAAGCUGGACGAUGACAUGCCGUCAACUUAUUCCUUCUGAAGUUUGUCAUUUGGAAACAUGUGAAGACAUUCCCGGAGUCAUCAAAAUACUUGAUUGGUUUGCAAAUUCAAAAGGAUUUCUAAUUGUAAUGGAACGACCUGAAAACUGUAUGGAUCUGUUCGAUAUGAUAUCAGUGCACGGUCCUCUGAAUGAAGAUAUGGCUAAAUUUAUUUUCAAACAGGUCAUUACAACAGUAUUCGAUAUGUACAGUAAGCAUGGACUUUUGCAUCGAGACAUCAAAGACGAGAAUCUUAUUGUGAACAUGAACACUGGUGAAGUGAAACUGGUGGAUUUCGGAGCUACGGCUUAUGCAGAAAAAGCAACAAAGAAGGAAUUCCAAGGAACGAGAUCCUACUGUCCUCCGGAAUGGUUCAGAGAUCAAUUAUAUCUUCCUCUUGAAGCAACAUCGUGGUCCCUCGGUGUUCUUCUUUUCAUUCUUCUCACCGGAAAACUUCCAUUCAAGAAUGAAAUUCAAAUCUGUCUUGGAAAUGUGAGAUUCCCUCCAGAACUAUCAAAGGAAGUGUGUCAACUGGUAAAAAGCUGUCUGACGACUUCCACAUCAGCUCGUGCAUCACUGUCGCAAAUUGCCGCGCAUCCAUGGUUAGAAACGGAUAGACAGUUUUACAAUGCAGACUUGACUUUCGAAGAAGCACUAAUGGAAAUUAAAAAUCCAGUGCCGGUGAUAGAAGACAAAGAAGCAGAAGACGAAGAUAAUGAACUCAACGAUGUAGUGAUUCUCACAAGAAGUCGUGAUAGCCGAACUGAUAUGGAUAUGGAAAGUAUUUGUACGAUGGUCACUGCUGUUGAAGAUCGAUAUGAACCAUCGAUUGCAGUGAAAGAGUUUGUGGCGGAGGAGAUUGUUGGGACAGGCGAAACGACGAAUCUUAUGCGUAGCGAAUCUCGAUACGACAAUAUUUCAUCGUCCUCUUUCUGCGAUUAUGUCUCGUUGGUCUCCUCUUCAUAUGAUGAUCAGUUUACAUCGACUUCAGAUAUCUAUCAAUCUGCUUGUGAAGUGUUUCCGCAUACUAGUUCUUCAACCUCAUUGAGCAGAAGUAUUGGUGCUGUAAAAUCAGCGUCAGCUUACAACUUGGUUCGAAUGCGCAAGAAGUCAAGUAUCUUCAAAUCCUUUGACACUGAACUGGAUCCAGUAUCGGAAAUCGAUAACCAGCCUCUCAUACCGGAAACUUCGUCUGCAAUGGGCCAGUCUACAUACAGUAACGAUGAGGAUGUAACAAUAUCAGAGGAGGUUAUCACUGCUGCAACUUCACCGCCUCUAUCAUCAUCACCUAGGAAGGGAAGUCUCCAAUGUUCGGAGUCUACGCCACGAUCCAGAGACUCUGUCAUCAGAAUGUCGCGCCACCGUCCUCUACAAUUUGUCAUGGAUUCUUCAUCUCCUCCACCAGCUCUUGCCAUUUUUCAAGUAAAUCCAACGGCUUCAGUUGGCUGA